UCGAUAAGAUCACUACAAGGCAGUCACAGCGCGAAAAAGGGCUUUCCUCUCUGUUUUUUAAUUGGCUAUAAAAAAUGCGGAAAUUGAGUGCAGAAAAGUAGAAAACAAAAAACAAUCAUUGUCAUAUGACAAGUUGAUCUGUCUGAAGGUUAUGAAAAUCAGUCAGUGCAAGUGGUGCAAGUCAACGUAAUAUGUGUUUGUUGUUGAAGUGUUGUAACGGUGUAAUUGCUCAAGAAAUGCGUUUCUAAAUUGGUUUCAUUGUAAACAAACUCCUCAUUGAACACUUUCAUAAUUUGUUUUAACAUGAAAGUUACGCAGAACACUCCAACUUAGUUGUGAACCCAAAAAAUCCCCGAAAUGGCUGAAAUAUCAAACACAGAUGGUUUAAAAAAUCAGCUUGAAGUUAAAGCGAUCACUUACCACGACAUAGCCACUAAACUACUGCACGAUAAAUUCCUGCUGACUGCUUUGGAAUUGCAUACAGAACUAGUUGAAUGUGGAAGAGAAGUCAAGCAAUUGAAGGAUUUCUUUUCAAAUCCGGGGAACUUCGAAGUUCCCUGGCAGGAUACUUCAUCACGGAUUUCACGCUCUGAAAGUCAGGUCACUUUGGAUAGUUUAGAUUUGACCAGAUAUUCAGAGGAUGGAGCUGGGACAGAUGAAAGGAUAGCAGUCCUUGAAUUUGAGUUGAGGAAAGCAAAAGAAACUAUCAAUGCUUUACGAAACAAUUUAACAAUGGCAACAGAAUCCGAAACCAGUACUCCCGAUAAAGGAUGUAUAAGACAUUUGAACACCGAUGUAAUCAAACCACAUGAACAAAGAGCCUUAAAUUUUUUAAUCAAUGAAUACCUUCUUUUAAACUCCUACAAAUUAACAUCAAUCACUUUCGCGGAUGAGAAUCAACAUCAGGAUUUUGAUGAUUGGGAUGAUGUUGGUUUAAAUAUUGCUAAACCACCCGAACUUAUCACUUUGUAUAGAGAGUGUUUUAAACAGACAAUUGUAAACUGUUCGUCUACUGCUACACAAACCGAUUUCGACCUCAACAGUUACGAAGAUUUGCUACAGAAGAUCAAUGAACAGGAGGAAGAUCUGAGAAAGUUGGAAGCCAAAUUCAAGAAUCUUGAAUUAGAAUAUAACGAACUCAAAAGUAGUAUUAAAGAAACUGAGAUUUUGCCUAGUCAAACUGAUUUGCCUCACAAAAGCACCAAUAGUAAAGACUCACUCGGAAGUGAAUCUCCGUCCGAACGGUUUGAAAUUAUAGAUAAAAACAUGACAAGUUUUAAGAAACGGGAUAGUAUUAUAACUUUAGAAGAUAAUAUUUCAAACAGCAGUCUCAACGUAAAUGACUGGACCAACUUAACAAUAACAUCUCAUGACAGCGUAAAUAAUGAAAAUACCCCUAAAGGAAUCGACUCACCUAAAGAAAAAAAUUCCAAAUUACUUAACAUUGAUAUUAGUCAAGACCCGUUUAUGAAAGAAGUUUUUUCCUUAUGCUACGUUAAUAUUCCCCAAAAAGUAGACAACGAGAUAUUAGACGACAUUUUAAACUACUCUAUAACGAACGAAAAUUUGGUUCACAUUUUAUCCUUGUCGCUGUUGAAAAUUAUUCCCAAUAUUAUCUUAAACAAACGAGAAGAUGCGAUCCCCUUGCUAAUAGGCGCAGUCCAAUUAAAUACAAAUAGUGGUGAAAGGGAUAAAUUGUUGCAACAAUUGUUUAAUUUGAAGAAAAAGCCUUCAGAUACUGAAAGGAUAAUGAUUCUCACAGGAUUAGUCGGGAUCGCGAAAUAUUCAGGAGAAAAUUUAGUGGAGAAUGAAAUUUUGCCUCAAUGUUGGGAACAACUGACUGAUAAACAUGUGGAAAAGCGACUUCUUGUAGCGGAGGCUUGCACAGCUCUAAUUCCCUACGUUUCAAGUCAAAUCCGAAACUCACUGAUUCUGUCAAUGUUACAACAACUUCUCGAAGAUCGCGAAGAUCUAGUCAGAGAGGCUGUCAUCAGGGCUUUAUCUUUAGUCAUGGUUUUGUGUGAAGACUCCGAUAAAUAUCUUCAGUGUGAAGAAAUAACGCUAAAUAUUUUAAAUGACUCUAGUGCAAGUAUCGUGAAUCUGGCAAUCCAAAUUUUAAUUCCAGUUCUAGGAAAGUGGGCUUUUUCUAUAGGGCGGCUCAAGUCGCAUUUAAUUAAAUAUCUAUUGCACAAACUUAGUGAUUAUUCUAGGGAUUUCGAGUCAAGUAAACAGUCAAAUAAAAUAUUAUGCAUUAUUGAGGUCUUAGAAGCAUUGAUGCCGUUUAUUUUAAUGUCGGUUGUUUUCCACGAAGAAGUUGUUUCAAAUAUUGAAAAAGAUAUGACAAUUGAUAUACGAGCUGAUUUAAAUAAAUUAUGUUCAAACUUAACCAAUCCGUGUGUUUUUUGCAAGUCGGACUAUAACGUGGGAAUGGUACUUUACGAAUUUGAUAAAUUUAUAGCCGAAAAUCAGAACAGUUCUUGGGAUGAGAUGGCAUGGAUAUUGGACAUGAUGAUCCCGGAUUUGUUAAAUAGUCUAAAUCAUAUUGACAUAACAUACCAGUCAAUUAUUCAAAAUUUCAUAAACCUCUUCUCCCAUAUUUGCAUCUUUUUCGGCAAAAACUUCACAAAACACAAGAUACAACCCAUCUUCCAAGUCCAAGUUAACAAUCUCGAACAAAUUUUCUCGAAUUUCAAUCAGUAUUCCCCAAGUUUGAACAUAAUUCCAGUGUAUCUAGUCUCUGUUUUAAGCUACUGUGAUCAAGAAGAACUGUCUAUUAUUUUGACAAAGUUUUUAUGUACUCUUCCCUUGUGCGGCACUCCGUUGGAUUGUUUAGAAGUCUCCGUGAAAGGACUAUGCGAAAAUGGUUUAAAAACCGUUGUUGUUACAAGUUUAUGGGAGGGUGUUGUACAUCAAAGUCCUUUAGUGAGAGCCGUUACUGCAGAUUUGUUUUCGGCAAUUGUGGGCUAUUGUGAUAAAAGUCUUCUCAGUUUGAAAGUUACACCAGGUCUUGUUACUUUGGCCAGUGAUAAUGACACAUUGGUGAAAACGGCAGCAAUUCCAGCUCUGGGUACUCUUAUAACCAACUGUAAUGAGAAAGAAAUUCAUGACAAGGUUUAUGUGCAAUUUCAGAAUUACUUAACGGACCCUAGUGUGAAACAAAAUCAUACAUUGAUCAGACAAUUGGUCGUCACGUUGGGCAGCAUUGUAAACCAUUGUUCGGUGCAGUUCAGACAAGAAGUAAUCCUGCCGCAGCUAUCUUUAGUCUCAACGUACUUAUCGCAAAUGUCAAACCAGACUAGAAAAAUCGACUUAGCAAAUGCCUUAAUUGAAGCUUUCACAACAGUAGUUUACAGUCCAUUUAACAAACAAGACAUUACUUCACUUAUAAUUCCAGGCUUGAGAUGUUUGGAGACUGCAGUGACGGAAAACCAGUCUCUAAUCUGUCACAGAGAUAUCAUCCUAUCAAUGAUUCGAGAAUGUGACGAGCAUAGUGAGAGUUCCGCUUCUCACUCCCAAUCAGAACACUCGAAUAAACUCGGCCAAAAUGUCAAUCAAGGAGUUGAAGAAAUGAAAAACCGGAUGAGUAAAAUUUUUACGAAACCAACUGGAUCGAAACCAAAUACCCUUCCAAAUUUGCAAAGUAUUUUCAAAAAGAAGUGAUAGUGCCCUGAAAGAAGUCAUAGCUCUCUUUCACAAUCGCUAAAAUUUAUUCUGUGAUUAACGGGAAUAGAGUAGAGGUAGAGAUUUUAAGAGAGAUCUUAUUAUUACAUUUUUUCACUAAUUGAUAUUUUAUUACUUAAAUUUAUGUAAAAAUAUAUGACUAUUUAU